UUAUCGGUAUCUAAAAAAUAUUGUUGAUUUGUAAUAAAAUAACAAAUUUUUUACAGAAACCAAUUCAUCCUUGUUACAAACUGAGAUGUCUAAAGAGGCUGAUCAACCAACAGGAUACCAAUGCAAGAAAGACAUUGAAAUGAGCUUGGAUGAAUUUAAUUCACCUUCAGGACCUGUACAAGUUGGGUUACUAAAUGAUGAAGUCCAUCAAAAAAAAAUGUUGCCAUGUGAAGCCCUUGCAGUUCCAAGCACAAGUUACAACACAAGCUACUGUAGCACACCAACUGAAUCUAGAACUUUAGCGGAAAUAAUUUCUAGUGUCAAAUUAGAUCACCGCUACGUGAACACCCCACAAUCUUCAAAAAAUAAAUUGGAAAGGGUCAAAAUAGCUUUGAAAAUGUCACAAGCUCGAAUUAAAGUAUUGUCACAAAAUAUGAAACGUAUGAAAUUAACCGUGUCUACUUUAAAAUCUGUAAUUGCUGAUUUAAAAAAAAAGAAACUGGGUGAGCCAAAGAAAACUGAUUUUAAAAUUGUCGAAGAAGAACUUCCGGAACUAAAAGAAGGGGAAGUACUGGCGGAGGCUGAAUAUCUAAGCGUUGACCCUUACAUGAGAGCUUACAUGAUAGGCUAUAAAUUGCCUACUGAUAUGAUUGGUGGUCAAGUUGCGAAGAUUGUAUCGAGCCGGAACAAAAACUAUGCCGUUGGGAAAUACUUAGCUGGAUCCUUUGGGUGGCGCACUCAUACUAUUGUAAAGCCUGAUGAUUUUAAUACUCAGGCGGGCUUUAUACCUGUAACACUCCUACCCGAUUUCGGGUCACAUCCUGUGUCCCUAGGAUUAGGCGUUCUUGGAAUGCCAGGAAAUACAGCUUACUUUGGCGUAAAAGAAAUAUGCAAGCCUAAACCUGAUGAAAAAUGUGAAUAUUUGGAAAAGGAACUAGGUUUUGAUCGGGCUUACAAUUACAAAACCGUAGACAUCAAAGCUGCUCUUAAAGAUGGUUGUCCUAAAAAAGUGGACUGUUACUUUGAUAAUGUCGGCGGUGAAAUCAGUACAACUAUUAUGUCUUACAUGAAUAAAUAUGGAAGAGUCGCUGUUUGUGGUUCCAUUUCGUCAUACAAUGAUAUGAAACUGCCUAAAGUGACAAUUCUGCAACCAGCAAUUGUUUUUAAGGAAUUAAAGGUAGAAGGAUUCCUUGUAAACCGGUGGACCGAUCGGUGGAAUGAAGGGAUCGAAGCCAAUUUGAAAUGGCUCAGUGAAGGAAAAUUGAAGUAUCAAGAAAAAGUGUAUCACGGCUUUGAUAACAUGGUAGAUGCUCUUAAUCCUCUGCCGCGCCAAAUAAGUGCGUGGCGGAAUGAGCUCCGGCGAGAUCUCAUGGCAGAGUGGAGACAACGACUGUCGCAACCGAGGGCCGGGCACGCUACCAUAGCAGCGGUAAGACCCCUCUUUGAGGAGUGGCUUGAGAGACGCCACGGCGUCCUCACCUUCCGUCUGACGCAGGUGCUUACCGGGCACGGCAGCUUCGGUAGGUUCCUGUUUCGGAUUCAGCGGGAGGAAACGCCCGAGUGUCGUCAUUGUGAGGACCACCUAGAGGAUACGGUGGAGCAUACGGUAGCGGUAUGCCCAGCCUGGGCUGAGCACCGCCGUAUCCUCAGGGAAGUGAUCGGCGGCGGCGACCUCUCGCGCCCGGCCUUAGUCGAGGCCAUGGUGCGGAGUGAGAGGAACUGGGACGCCGUCUCCUCCUUUUGUGAAGCAGUCAUGCUCGCAAAGAGAGAGGCGGCCCGCGUGAGGGAGCAAUCCUCCUCCUCACGCCCCAGCAGCCGCAACUGGCGACACUACGGGCGUCGGGGAUCGAGGGACGAUCUCCGGCCACCGUAA